UGAUCCGCGGCAGCAUCCGGAGCGUCUCCAACGACGCGGAGCUGCAGGAAUCGGUCAUCGGGGUGAGCGCUGCCCGCCUCCACCGCCAGAAGUUCCCCCUUUUCCAGGCAGGGAGGCGGCCAGCGGGCAGCAUCCGCACCCCCCUGCGCUGCGGCGUCAAGCCGGGUCCCGGCACCUUCCUCUUCACCGGGUGGCUGCAUUUCGGGGAAGCCUGGCUGAGCUGUGCCCCCCGCUACAGGGACUUCCAGCGCAUCUACGAGGGGGCCCGGCGCUUGCGCCAGAACCCCUGCGAGUUCCCUGUGGACUGA